AUGACAUCGCUUACGGCAGCGAAAUUCCUUACCGACCGCGUAGCUGUCGUUUCUGCUUCAACCAAGGGUAUUGGCUUCGCUAUUGCUAAAAGACUGGGAGCAGAUGGAGCAUCUGUAGUUGUUAGCAGCAGAAAGCCGAAAAAUGUUGAGGAUGCCGUUAAUGCCUUGCGAGUAGAAGGCAUUGACGCUGUGGGAGUUCCAGCGCAUGUUGGAAUAAAGGAUGAUCGGAAAAAACUCAUCCAAUACGCAAUUGAUCGUUAUGGUAAACUAGACAUUCUGGUUUCUAACGCAGCCGUCAAUCCUCAUUUUGGUGAUAUUAUGAGUAUUUCUGAUUCUCAAUGGGACAAGCUUCUACAAAUCAAUGUCCGAUCUGCCCUACAACUCACACAAGAAGCUGCUCCACAUUUGGAGGCCAGCGGUCGUGGAAACGUUGUUCUUGUGUCAUCUGUAGCUGGUUACUCUCCAAUUGAUGGGCUUGGAGCCUAUUCAGUUAUGAAGAGUACGCUUAUCGGACUCAAUAAAGCACUCAGCCAAUCCCUGGCUCGACGGAACAUUCGAGUCAACGCCAUAGCACCAGGAAUUAUACGGACGGACUUCAGCAGAGCUCUGUAUGAGAAUGAAGUAGACCAUCAGAACUGGUUGCGUUCGAUUCCUCUAAACCGGUUGGGACACGCUGAUGAAUGCGCAGAUGCAGUUUCGUUUUUGGUGAGUUCGGAAAAGAUUUGA